AACCAGUGGGCGGAGUUAUAAUCUCAACAGGCGAAACCGCUCGUCAGGUCCUUUCAGUUUGAUUCUGCGAUAACACGAGAGAUUCACACGGCGCGAGCAUGGCCACUGACUUUACUCAAGAAUCCGUGCUGCGCUUCAUCGUCAAAAACGGCGGGAAGGUGCGAAACGCGGAUUUAUUAACCCACUACAAGCGGUUUUUGAGGGAGGACGAGGACAGAGAGCAGAACCGGGAGUUGUUUAAGAGGUAUGUGAACUCCGUGGCGACUGUGAGGCAGGAGGAGGGGGUGUCUCAUGUUGUGCUGAGGAAAAAAUACCGUGUGCAUCUCGGAGACAUCGCCAAGAACCUCGAGCCCGAGCGACAGAAAGAACGAGACUCUAAACCAGCGGCGAGCGGUAAGCCACAAGCUGAUUUGACCAUCCCAACUCGUGUUGAAAUCUUGCCAGCUGCUGGUAUUAUUACCACCACCAAAAACAACAAUAAUAACAAUGAUUGUACUCCCACUUUUGAGAAAGCUGUCAAAACUUCAUCACCACAUGGGAGGGAACAACCUACCUUCUCCACUUCCUCUGCAGCACAGGUUAAGGACACCUGCCCUUUAAAACCAACCCCAUCUGACACCGGCAGUCGCUCGAGUGGGAGCGGCCAGAGCUUUGAACAGCCAGGGGAGUCAAAAGCAACCAGGGAAGCAACAGAGCUGGAACACAACAAUGUUUACCCUGCCAAACAGAGACAAUUAAGGGAAGCAGAUGGUUGCGAGCAGUCCUUCGUUGCCCCUACUUACUAUGAGGUUGAAAGGAAAAAUUUGAAUGCAAACACAUUUGAUGUUCAUACAAAACACUCAGGCGAGCCUGUUGCCAAAGCAUGGCCUUUGCGCUCAACCCUCGGACAGUCUCAUGCAUACAAGUCUUCUCCUUGUCUACUGGACCGCCCUGUUUCUCCACACAUACACUCCCAGGAGUACACUCAUGCAGGUCUGAGCCAAAGCAAUGAUAGUCUACUACGACCGAACGGAGGGUUUAAUGAGUUUCCUAUCCAAGAACAGGACGAGUAUGUGUCUCAGAUGCAUGGCUUGCCUGAAGACGGCCCUCUUGUCCAUGCAAGUGCAACGAAUCUGCAGCUCCGUCGGCUUUCGAGUCUGUCCUCUAGUCGUGAUAGCGUCUCAAUCCCCUCCCCUUGUUCUACUCCGCCUGAUACUGGCUGGCCGCAGGAUUUUGCGUGCGAGGAGCGCUUCAGCGAUCAGGGACUUGGAGGACAAGAUGUACGCGCUUUCCUGCGUCGCACACAGGAGGCAAAGUUGUUGUCGCAACUCUACCAACCGAGUCGCAACAUCACGUCCUUGCACCACUCGACGGGUCACCUCGAUGACGAGGACUCGAGAACAUCUACACGGAGCAGUUCCCCAGAGACCCGUUAUGGACCCAUCGCCCGGCGGUUGACGUCCCGUCUGCGGAGUCGCAUGUGUCGGAGUCUCGGAGAAGACCUGGAUCAGUCGUUCCCAGAGGACAACAUCUCGGCACGGCACAACCGUCUCCAGCUGCUGUCCUCGACUCUAAGCAUGGGCAAUUUAGUCACUGCAUCUUCUAGCCGAGCACACAGUUCGCUCUCAUCGCCCACUGGAUCCACGCAAAGUUUGGGAACCUCCGUGCACGAUGGGUCAUUCGGCAGCAAACAUUCGUCCAUCCCUCUUGACUCCAGAGAGCACAACUGGUUUGUCAAAGCAGCAUCAGGCUCGUGGACCGACAUCUACGCUCUCUUCCGAGAAGACCCGAACCUUCUGAGCAAACAAGACUUCAUAUCUGGCUUCACCGUUGUCCACUGGAUUGCGAAGCAUGGCGAUCAUCGCGUCCUGAACACGCUGUGGUACGGAGUCGACAAAGUCGGGAUGACUCUAGACGUCAACGCGAAAACUUUGUGCGGCUACACGCCGCUACACCUUGCGGCCAUUCACGGCCACAAGAAACUCAUUCGGCUCCUGGUGCAAAAGUUCAAAGCUGAUGUGCGGAUACGGGACAGCAGCGGGAAGAGACCAUGGCAGUACUUGAGCAAAGACGAACACCGGGGCAUCUUAGAACUUCUGGGUGCCCCACAGAAACGCAUCAGUGGUUGUCCAGCAAUGCCAGUAAACCUGCCCGCAAGAGCUGCCACCACAAAGGUGAACGUCAAAAGAAAUUCGUCCAUUGCAGCACUGUUCAAACACAAGUCUAAUUUGAUGUUCAGGACUAGCCCAGAAACUUUUUAGUGGCUAAAUUGUUGUAGGGACUCAAAAUGGUGGCACUUUUUUGCUGGUGUAAAAGCACUUUGUCACUUCUUCUUUAUUUUAUGAUUAAAAAUAUGGCAACUUGCAUUGAA